AUGGCACAACACCUUCCGCCUGCCGGCGGCAACGGUGGUGCGCAUACGCAGCCUUCGCUGCCCGCGCUGCCCGCCCACCUUCAGUCAGACACGCACCUCACGGGGCAUCUUGCUAGUCGCUUCCACGUCAGUCUGCCAACCGCUAAACUAUCUUCUCACGGCUUCAUCUCGAUCAACACCUACACGUCCUCCAGCAAGGGACAAGAUGGAGGCAAGGCCGGAAGUGCCCAAGGCGAGGCCGAGGAUAUGGCCGAUAGGGCUUUCCUUCGUCUGGGUCAUCGGUCGGAGAACCAAGCAAUCCUUUUCUUGGGUGAAUCCGGCUCGGGAAAGACGACCAUUCGAUCGCACAUCUUGACCGCCCUCCUCAACAAGACCUCAACGCCCCUAUCCACAAAGGUGUCACUCGCUGCCUAUGUCUUCGACACCCUAACCACCACCAAGACUGCGACCACCCCGACUGCCUCCAAGGCAGGUCUCUUCUACGAACUACAGUAUGACACAGCAUCAACAACGAGUCCACUUCUCAUCGGUGGAAAGCUGCUGGAUCAUCGUCUGGAGAGGAGUAGGAUUACCGAUGUGCCAACUGGCGAGCGAAACUUCCAUAUCCUGUAUUACAUUUUGGCUGGCACGAGCGCCGCUGAAAAGGCACACCUGGGCUUUGGGGAACCAGAUGCUGGAACUGGUAGCAAGCGAUGGAGGUAUCUGGGGCAUCCGACCCAGCUGAAGGUCGGCAUCAACGACGCGGAGGGAUUCCAGCUGUUCAAAACUGCCCUUCGCAAGCUUGAAUUCCCUAGGAGCGAGAUUGCUGAGAUAUGCCAAGUCCUGGCUAGCAUUCUUCACAUCGGACAGCUCGAGUUCGAGAGUUCGGAAAACACAACGGUUGCCGGCGAUGAGAGUGGUGGCUUCUCACACGAGGGUGGCCAGGUCACAACCGUCGCAAAGAACAAGGACGUGCUUGCUAUAGUGGCCGCAUUUUUGGGUGUCAGUGCUGCUGAGCUUCAGACAACCCUUGGAUACAAGACCAAGAUCAUACAUAAGGAAAGGGUCACUGUUAUGCUCGACCCUGCCGGUGCCCGCGCCAACGCCAACGAACUAGCUCGAACUCUUUACUCGCUUCUAGUUGCCUAUGUCAUUGAGAACAUCAACCAGAAGAUCUGCGCUCCUGAAGAGGCCAUUGUCAACACCGUCUCCAUCAUCGACUUCCCGGGGUUCUCGCAGCAAAGCUCCACCGGCUCAUCGCUUGAUUUGCUCCUCAACAAUGCUGCUGCCGAGGCCAUGUACAACUUGACCCUGCAAAACUUUUUCGACCGCAAGGCGGAUCUCCUAGAGACUGAGGAAGUGAGCGUACCACCCACCAGCUACUUUGACAACUCGGACGCAGUGAAGGGGCUGCUCAAGCCUGGCAAUGGUCUCUUGAGUAUUCUUGACGACCAAACCAGACGCCACCGCACCGACAUGCAGCUCCUGGAAAGUCUGCGAAAACGCUUCGAGGGUAAGAACCCCGCUAUCACUGUCAGUGCGGCCACUGCGAAGCUUCCGGGCAGCAACUUCUUGUCCGAAAAUACUGCUGCUUCAUUCACAGUGCGCCACUUCGCUGGUGAGGUCGAAUACUCGAUCAAGGGGCUCGUCGAGGAAAAUGGUGAAGUCAUCUCUGGUGAUCUUUUGAACCUGGUCAACUCUACCAAGAGCGACUUUAUUGCCCGUCUCUUCGGUCAAGAGGCUCUGCACACUGUCACCCAUCCGCAGGAGAGGACCACGGUGAUGCAAGCUUCAGUCAGCUCCAAGCCCAUGCGUGCUCCAAGUGUCAUGUCGCGCAAGAUCAGGCCGGGAACGGCUCGUCCCAAUCGUCAACGCAAGGAGUCAAUUGGUGGGCGUCAGGACACCCUGGACGAUAUUGCCAGCGAGGCCGGAGAUUCGCGGCGCGCUGUUAGCAAGCCAUCCGAGGAAGGGGCUUCUGGCCAGUUCUUACACUCGCUCGACAACGUGACCAAGUCAUUCCACGCGCAAAACACCAACGCCUAUUUCGUCUUCUGCUUGAAGCCGAACGACAGGCGUAUUGCCAACCAGUUCGACAGCAAAUGUGUUCGCACACAAAUGCAAACUUUUGGCAUUGCCGAGAUCAGCCAACGUAUCCGAUCCGCAGACUUCAGUGUGUUCUUGCCCUUUGGCGAGUUCCUGGGUCUAGCCGAUGUUGACACUCUCCUCGUCGGAAGUGAACGGGAGAAGGUCGAGGCUGUUGUGGAAGAGAAGCGCUGGCCGACCAACGAGAUCCAAAUCGGUUCUACUGGUGUUUUCAUUAGUGAGCGAUGCUGGAUGGAGAUUGCGCAGCUCAGUGAUAUGGUGACUGGCCGAUUCGGCGUCCCCGAAUCGGAGGGUGGUACGCCACUCAGCAACUUACCAUAUGGCGCUUCCAAGGAGCGCCUGAUAGCGGCUGGAAAUUCGCCGUAUAACAACGACAAGUCCAAGUCGGGCUACUUUGGCAGCAAUGAUAUCGACGGCAGGUCAGAUGCCGGAGUUUCUGCCUUCGGCGGAGGUGACAUGUUCAAGAACCUGGAUACCCGCGAGCAGAUGGCUGAGCGUGGUAACGAAAAGUCUAUGGUUGAGGUGGAGGAGUUCAAAGACAGCCCAAGUCGCAAGCGCUGGGUCUUCAUUACCUGGAUGCUUACAUUUUUUGUUCCCGAGUUCUUGAUACAGUGGCUCGGUAAAAUGCCCCGCAAGGAUGUGCGCAUGGCUUGGAGAGAGAAGUUGGCCAUCAACUUCAUCAUCUGGUUGAGUUGUUUGGGCGCUGCUUUCAUCCUGGUCGUGUUCCCCAUGCUUGUUUGCCCUACCCAAUACGUGUUUACUGGAGAAGAACUCUCUGCAUACAACGGAAAAGAUGGCAAGGCUUCCUAUGCAGCCAUCCGUGGUCAGGUCUUUGACAUCGGAUCAUUCAUACCCAGGCACCCUUUGCCCUAUCUGCCAUCAAAGACCUUCACUCAGUAUGCUGGCACUGAUAUCACGGGUCUUUUCCCUGUUCAGGUGUCUGCUCUGUGCCAAGGCAAGGAUGGCUCUGUCAACCCUGCUGUGCUACUGGAUUACAAGGACACCAACAUCACCGAUUCGCCCAAUGUCAUCAACAGCCAAGAUUUGAAUUCACGCUACCACGACUUCCGGUACUUCACCAACGAUACGAGACCCGACUGGUUCUCUCAGGUGAUGAUCACUUUCCGGGGCACGUAUAAGAAGGGCAACAUCGGCUACCCGGCUCACGUCGUCAAGAAGAUGGCAGAGAACAGGAACGCCAUAGCGAUUCUCAAUGGUCGGGUGUACGACUUCACCAAAUACAUCGCUGGAGGCCGCGAUUUUAGGGUCAAGUAUAACGAAUCACGCCCUAGCGACCAGUCUUUGCUUGAUUUCAUGGAUCAGUCAGUCGUGAGGCUGUUUCAGGACCGCAGCGGAGAGGAUAUCACGCCGCUUUGGGAUGCACUCAGGCUGGACCCGAACCUGAGAAAGUCGAUGCAACUCUGUCUGGAUAACCUGUUUUAUCUUGGCGAUGUCGAUACGCGUAACUCGGUGCGUUGCAACUUUGCCAAAUACUUCAUCCUCGCUGUUACGAUCAUCCUUUGUUCGAUCAUCGCCUUCAAGUUCUUGGCUGCGCUCCAAUUCGGUACCAAGAACAUGCCCGAGAACCUGGACAAGUUUAUCAUGUGCCAGAUUCCUGCGUACACUGAAGACGAGGAGUCGCUCCGUCGUGCCAUUGACUCUGCGGCCCGCAUGCGCUACGACGACAAGCGCAAACUCUUGAUCGUUGUUUGUGACGGUAUGAUUAUUGGUCAGGGUAACGACAGGCCCACGCCGCGAAUUGUACUUGAUAUUUUGGGAGUCUCGGAGACUGUCGAUCCAGAACCCCUCAGCUUCGAAUCUCUGGGUGAAGGUCUUAAGCAGCACAACAUGGGCAAGGUCUAUUCGGGCUUGUACGAGGUUCAGGGUCACAUCGUCCCCUUCUUGGUCGUCGUCAAGGUCGGCAAGCCAUCCGAGGUCUCGCGUCCCGGUAACCGUGGCAAGCGUGAUUCCCAAAUGGUCAUUAUGCGCUUCCUGAACCGUGUCCACUACAAUUUGGCCAUGAGCCCGUUGGAGCUCGAGAUGUACCACCAGAUUCGCAACAUUAUUGGUGUGAACCCGACAUUUUACGAAUACAUGCUUCAGAUCGAUGCCGACACAGUUGUUGCUCCCGAUUCGGCCACACGUUUCGUCUCGGCUUUCCUGGAUGACACGCGCCUGAUUGCAUGCUGUGGAGAGACGUCGAUCGCCAACGCCAAAUCUUCCUUCAUCACCAUGAUCCAAGUCUACGAGUACUACAUUUCGCACAACUUGUCCAAGGCCUUCGAAUCUCUGUUCGGCUCCGUCACUUGUUUGCCUGGUUGUUUCUCCAUGUACCGCAUCCGCGCCGCCGAGACGGGUAAGCCGCUUUUCGUCUCCCGUGAGGUUGUCGACGCCUACGCGACUAUCCGUGUGGACACGCUGCACAUGAAGAACUUGCUUCACCUUGGUGAGGAUCGUUACCUGACUACGCUCCUGCUCAAAUACCACAACAAAUACAAGACCAAGUACAUUUACCGAGCACACGCCUGGACCAUUGCCCCCGACUCAUGGAAGGUCUUCCUCUCGCAACGUCGUCGCUGGAUCAACUCGACGGUGCACAAUCUGAUCGAGCUUAUUCCCAUGGGCCAGCUUUGCGGUUUCUGCUGUUUCUCGAUGCGCUUCAUCGUCUUCAUCGAUUUGCUCUCUACCAUCAUUCAGCCAGUCACCAUUGCCUACAUUGUUUACCUCAUUGUGCGCAUGGUCCUCGCUCCUGACAUGGUGCCCGUUUUGGCUUUCGUGCUGCUCGCAGCCGUUUACGGUCUACAAGCUGUCAUUUUCAUCCUGCGCCGGAAGUGGGAGAUGAUUGCUUGGAUGAUCCUCUACAUCAUCGCCAUGCCCAUUUUCUCGUUUGGUCUGCCCCUGUAUGCUUUCUGGCACAUGGACGACUUCACAUGGGGUAACACUCGUGUUGUCACGGGAGAAAAGGGCAAGAAGGUCGUGGUCACUGACGAGGGCAAGUUUGACCCGUCGUCCAUCCCUCGCAAGAAGUGGGAGGAGUACCAGAGCGAGCUGUGGGAUGCCCAGACCUCCAAGGAUGACACCAGGUCCGAGGCCUCUGGCUUCUCGUACGCCACCAAGGCGCCCGUCGCCGUCUCCGAGUAUGGUUUCCCCGCCCAUCCCUAUGGCGCAUACCCGCCCAGCCGACCAGGGAGUACCACAGGUGUGCCGCAGAUGCCGCAGAUGCCAUACUCGGCAAGCCGCAUGUCAUUGGCCCAUUCGGAAAUGCUCAUGGCGGGCAACAGACAAAGCCAGUUCGGUGGAUCGCAGUUCAACCUUCCUCAAUCUGGCAGUGAGAUGGAGCUCUCAAACUUGGCUGGCUUGCCAUCUGAUGAUGCCCUGCUUGCGGAGAUCCGGGAGAUCCUGAGAACGGCCGAUUUGAUGACGGUCACCAAGAAGGGUGUCAAGCAAGAGCUUGAGCGUAGGUUCGGGGUUAACCUCGACAGCAGGAGGGCGUACAUCAACAGCGCUACCGAAGCACUCUUGUCGGGCCAGCUGUAG